CGUCACCCUUCCUUUUUAGAUGUUUGAGGCCUCAUGAUUCAUGAAUCUAUAGUAGGUAUUCCAACGAUGGCAUUCAACAAGAAUCUCUUCACAUUCACUCUCAUCUUUUGCUCCUUUCUCUUGUUCCUUUCUCACACUGUAUUGUCGCCGUUUAAGUCCGCUGGACACAGCCUCUCCCAGAGUACUGCUAGACUCCGGCAGCCACCUCUAGCUGCCGCAGAGAAGAAUGUAAGUUGGUUCGAUGUUAUUGGCGGAGAGAUCAAAGGAAGGAAAAUCAAGAUUGGUUUAGUCAACAUUGAUGAUCAUGAGUCGGCUCUAUACAGUCAUCAUCUGUAUGGAUUAGCUGAGUUUGUCAACGUACGCUUUGAUCCUGUAUCCAAGGACAUGAAAUGGGAAGAGUUUUUCCCAGAAUGGGUCGAUGAGAAAGCAAGGAGGGGCUUACCAAAAUGUCCGGAGAUCCCGAUGCCACGGCUAGAGGACUACCGAGACCUCGAUGUGGUGGUGGCUAGGGUUCCCCGUGGUAGAGGUUCAAGAGAUUUGUUCAGGUUACAGGUGAAUUUGGUGGUGGCUAAUCUUGUGGUGAAGAGUGGUUGGAUCACACGGGAGGUUGCUCGGCCGGUGUAUGCGGUUUUUGCUGGUGGAUCUUCUGGGCCAAUGCUGGAGAUUUUCCGGUGUAAUGAUUUGGUGAAGCAGGUGGAAGACUACUCGGUGUAUAAGCCCAAGCUAAAUAGGUUGAAGCAGAAGGUGUUGAUGCCUGUUGGGUCAUGCCAACUUGCUCCUCCUUAUGCAGAAGCAGGGGAAGAGGGUUGGAUAAUUUACAGCAAUACCAAUCUGACACGAUCAAGAAAAGCAUACGUAACAAUCCUCCACUCCUCCGAAGCUUACGUUUGUGGUGCCAUAGCUCUAGCUCGAAGCAUCCGCCUUACAUCCUCUUCCAAAGACUUAAUCCUCCUCCACGAUGACUCCAUCUCCAACCACGCCCUCCUUGGACUCAAAGCGGCGGGUUGGCAAACUCGACGCAUCCACCGCAUCCGUAGCCCCUUCUCCAAGAAAGACUCCUACAACGAGUGGAACUAUAGCAAGCUUCGUGUGUGGCAACUGGAUGACUAUGAUAAAGUCAUCUUCAUCGACGCUGAUCUUUUAAUUCUUCAAAACAUUGAGGAUUUCUUUGUUUAUCCGGAGCUCUCAGCUGCAAAGAACGACAGGUAUUUGUUUAAUUCUGGGAUUAUGUUGGUGGAGCCAUCUUCGUGUAUGUUUGAGGAUUUGAUGCGGAAGAGCUUCACGGUGGCUUCCUACAACGGUGGUGAUCAAGGGUUUUUGAACGAGGUGUUCACAUGGUGGCACCGGUGGCCAACGAAGGUCAAUUUUCUGAAGAAUUUUGGGAAGAAGAAAGAACGAGGCAUUCCCGAGGAUGUUUAUGCCAUACAUUAUCUAGGGUGGAAACCGUGGACGUGUUAUAGGGACUAUGAUUGUAACUGGGAUAAUGCUGAUCGCCGGAUUUUUGCUAGUGAUGAGGCUCAUAAGAUGUGGUGGCGGGUCUAUGAUGCCAUACCGAAGGAGCUGCGACCCUAUUGUGCCAUGACGGAGGCGGUGGAUAAGAGGAUAAAGGCGUGGAGAGCGAGAGCAAGGAAUGGUAGUUUUUCUGAUGGGCAUUGGAAGAUUGAAGUGAAGGACCCAAGACAACACAAUCUUGUUCCAUGAAGAGAGUGUUUUUGGCCAAAAAAAUUUAAGUUUGUUUAAGAUAAUUGAUUCUGGUUCAUGUUGUACUUUUUUUUCAGUGAAGGUAUAAGCAGUUCAUUAGUUAAGAGCUAAUAUCACUUUAGACUUGGAGAUAUUCUCUUUGAUAAGCGGUUCUAAGGACUGACACAUAAUUAAUGCAUUAAUUAUAA